AUGGGUCUUCUUCACAAAUCACAGGCGCAGUUUGCGCGAGCCCAAUGGCGCAUCAGGCUGCUGGCACCGAUAUGGGCUUCGCAGCUCCUGCUGACCAUGACCAUGAUGGGCCUUUUUGCCUGGCGGUUCGGAGACACGAUGCGGCAUCACGGCGACAAGGUCGAGGCGGGCAAGACACCCAUGAUUGAAUAUGCCUGGGAGGUGACAAACAUUGUCAUGUCGCUCGUCGCCUCGCUGUGUACAUUUGUCGACGUUUUCCGCUACUACACCGAGUCGCUGACGCCGUGGACGAUGCUGUUCACGCACGUCAUCAAGGCGACGUGCGCCUUUGCCAUUCUCGCGCUCGACGUUGCCGUGUACAUUGUGCUGAGCGAAGAAAAGUACUCGCUGAUUGGCAUCGCCCUGGACAGUCUCCUCAUUCUCUUGACCGGUGCCAUGGCCAUGUACGCCUUCCUCGCCUACCGCCGGCUCUCCGCGUACGACGACUACGCGCACCCGGCCAACGUCAAGGGCUACGGCUUCAACGACAGCGUCAGCAACGCGUCCUACCUGCCCGCCAGCAAGCGGCGCGUCAGCAGCUCCGCCGCCGCCGUCGACAUGGACGUGCUGGACGGCGGCAGCAGCACCACACCGUACGACCACCAGCGCGACACCCAAUUCGACGACUACAUGGCCAAGCGCAACUCGUUCAACGGGCACCCCCGUCGCGAGAACAGCACCAGCUCCGGCGCGAGGUCGCCCCCGGAGGGCCCCCUUCUCCUCCUCUCGCCGCCGCAGAGCCUCUCGCCCAGCCCGCCCCUGGCCGCCGCGGGCCACGUCGUCAAGUCGCUCAAGCGCGCGCCGUCGGCGCCGCGCGCCAUCAGCUGGGCAAGCGACCACGUCCUGGUCGCGGUCCCGGAGGAGGAGGAUGAUGAGCUCGCGGCCGGGAAUACGAAUACGGAUGAGGUCUCGCUGCUCAGCCCGGACAGCAGCGAGGUGGCUGGCUGUGACGGCCCGCGCGUGGCCCAGGAAACGGAUAUACCCGAGCCCAAGUGGAAAUGA